CAGGUGGGAAAGAAAAACAAAUCCCCUGCUUCUGUUUUCCUCCCCGCUUCAUCGCCGUCGCCGCCGACGCCGCCGACGCCGCCGACGCCGCCAUGAACCAGCCGGUGCAGAAGAACACCCUCUACGUAGGUGGGCUCGCGGAGGAGGUGGACGAGAAGAUCCUGCACGCGGCGUUCGUGCCGUUCGGGGAGGUCAAGGACGUCAAGACGCCGCUCGACCAGGCCACGCAGAAGCACCGCUCCUUCGGCUUCGUCACCUUCCUCGAGCGCGAGGACGCCGCCGCCGCCAUGGACAACAUGGACGGCGCCGAGCUCUUCGGCCGCGUCCUCACCGUGAACUACGCCUUCCCCGAGAAAAUCAAGGGAGGGGAGCAGGGAUGGGCCGCCCAGCCAGUUUGGGCGGAUGCGGAUACUUGGUUUGAGAGGCAGCAGCAAGAAGAGGAAAUGAAGCGCCUUCAGACAGAGCAGAAUGCAGCAAUGAAAGAAGCAGAAAGGCUUCACAGGGAGAAAGUAGCCGCAGAAAAGAACGGUGAAACGGAUGAAGCAGAUCCCAUGGCUGUGGCGGAAGCUCAGGCCGUGAACUAGAGGCUGUUAAAUCCUUCGAUACUAACAUUGGAACAAGUACUGUAUGCAUUCUCAGUCAAUCUGUGUAACUUCUUGCUGUUUUCUGUCAGCGAACUUGCUAGGGUUGUUAACUAAUCCUAUUUCUUGAAGAGAUGGUUCUGCUCAUUCUGUCCGUGUAUCUCUUGACAUGGAAUUUGUGUUUACGGUAGCAUGGAUGUUUCUGUGUUCAGUUAUGCUGUUACAUGUUA